UGGACAGGAACUAUCAUGGUUCUCCAGAGUCUGAGCUCCAGCCCCUGCCGAGGUGCACCGUGCCCGGACUCCGGUCACAGUUCACCGCGGCACCAACGAGGAAGUGUGGCUGUGAGCUCCGGGCUGAAGAUGACUCUCCGAGCUGGGGCGACCCGUCUGUCGCUUUUUCACAGGAGCCGUGUCUUGGUUGCGUCCAUUCAAACAGCAGGAGGUGUGAAAUUCAAGGGAACCUGUCCAGUUCAACUGAGUCAUCUGGACCAUCUGGUUCUCACAGUGAAAAGUGUCCCAGACACCAUCAGCUUCUACUCCUCUGUCCUCGGCAUGGAUGUCAUCACUUUCAAGGGAAACCGUAAGGCUCUGGGUUUUGGGCAGCAGAAGUUUAACCUUCACCAGCUGGGUCAGGAGUUCGAGCCAAAGGCCAAACAUCCAACCUCGGGCUCUGCGGACCUGUGCCUCAUCACCAACACCCCCCUGGCUACAGUAGCUGCACAUUUGAAGGUUUGUGGAGUGGAGAUAGAGGAGGGUCCAGUGGGGAGGAGUGGGGCUGUGGGGCCCAUCACCUCUCUGUACUUCAGAGAUCCAGACCACAACCUCAUUGAAGUGUCCAACUAUAACCAGGCAACAUCAGAGGGGUCUUCAUGAGAUGCUGGACAUGUGAAAAUCCAUCCAAACAAUGAACAAACUUGUCUUUUCCCAAUGAUUUUUUCAGAUUUUAGUUUUUUAGACCAAAAUGCCUGUAGUUCUCAACACUUGUUAACAAUUAGUGGAGUAGAUAACAUCAGUUGACUGUGUAGACACACUGUUAAUGUGUAUUUCUGCUAAUUGUGUUCUUAAAAGGGCUGUUUUAUUUUUAAAAAGUAAAACAUGGCUUGCU